CGCCGCAUCCAAAGCCAUCUUCCCGCCCCCCCCCCCAGAGACCCGACCCUCUUCUCUUCCAACAAAUCCCAAAUCCCAAAUCAACCAACCCCUAUCCCAAAUCCAUUCCCCAUUUCCCCUUCCCCUAGAGACCCUCUUCUCUUCCAACAAAUCCCGACCCUCUUCUCUUCCGACGGUCCCGACGGCAGGACCCGAGACCCGAACAAGAAGCUCCCUCACCAUUUUCCGCCUUCCCCUUCACUGCCCCUAUUCCCAUAAAACCCAUUUUGCUCCCUCCUCCGCCUGAACAAGCUUCUCUCUGCUUCACCCAGCUUUCCCAUUCAUUCCCAUUACCCCAAACAAAACCUAAAAAAAUGCAUGCCAAAACCGACUCAGAGGUUACCAGCCUGGCGCCAUCGUCGCCGACCAGAUCUCCCCGCCGCCCGGCCUACUUCGUCCAGAGCCCCUCCCGCGACUCCCACGACGGCGGGAAGACCACGACGUCGUUUCACUCCACCCCGGUCCUCAGCCCCGUCGCCCCGCCGCCAACACCAGCAGAACCGAGAGAGAGAAUCGAGGGAGGAGGCGAGAAUAGGGAGAGAGAUAGUCUGGGUCUGGGAAGAAGAAUCGAGGGAGUUGGUUCAUGGUUGUUCGAUUUUCCUUCCAGAGGAAGAAGAGAAUAGAGAGAGAGUAGGGAGAGAGAUAGUCUGGGAAGAGAAUCGAGAAAAGGAGGGGAAGAAGAAUCGAGAAACGGAGGGGUUAGGUUAGGAGUGUGUGGUGCAGAUUUUUUGUUGUUUUUAAUUUUUUUUUUAAAGGUAGUUUCCGGUUGGCCGGCUAACCGAGUCGAAACUGGAAACUGGUCGGUUGGUUUGCGGCUAACCGAGGCUCACGGACGGUCGGUUGGCGGUAGCUCUGGUCGAGGUCUCGGUUUGACCGAUAACCGACAAUUCAGUUUUCGGUUAAACCGAAACCGACCGAGUGACAGCCCUAAUUAUACUUGAGAAUUAGAUAUCUAAUCCAUCACUCAAAUCUCACAAACAAAUGACUCUUAAUAUUCACGACACACUAAGGUUAUUCACAUCAUAUAAAUAAAGCCUUUUAUGAUUC